AUGCGUUUCAUUCUUUCUCUAAGUACUUUUGUGACAGCGGUGCUGGCUGCUGGGCGGACAACAGCUCCUGCUGGUGCUAUUACUGUCGGAUCCGGGGGGCAAUAUUCUACUAUCCAAGCAGCAAUCGACUCUUUGAGCACAACAUCGACCACUGCUCAGAGCAUCUUCAUCCUGGCUGGCACUUACAAGGAACAAGUCAAAAUACCGGCACGAAAAGCUUCUCUCAAGAUCUAUGGCUACACCACAGAUACAAGCAGUUACACUUCCAAUGUAGUCACCAUCACCCACAGCUCAAGUCUUGCAAGUGGAGCUGAGAACGACAAAUCCACUGGCACGGUCAUUAACGAUGCCGCGAACUCGGCCUUUUACAACAUCAACAUCGAAAACAGUUACGGAAAAGGCUCGCAAGCCAUUGCUUUGUCUGCGUACGGGACCCAGCAAGGAUACUAUGGUGUCGGUCUCUAUGGAUACCAAGACACUCUUUUGGCCAAUACCGGCAACCAAGUAUACGGAAAGUGCUACAUCGAAGGAGCUGUUGACUUCAUCUUUGGCCAACACGCGGUGGCUUGGAUCACCAGGUCUGACAUCCGCGUCUCUGCUGCUGGAGCAGUGACUGCCAGCGGACGGGCCUCAUCCUCAGAUCCCUCAUACUACGUAAUCAACAAAUCAACCAUCGACAAGUCAGCAAGCUCGACGGCAGGGACGGGAACCGUUUACCUUGGACGUCCAUGGAGGGAGUAUGCCAGAGUUGUCGUUCAGAAUACUGUGCUUGGAUCUAUCAUCAAUGGGGCUGGAUGGAAAGUUUGGAACACCGAUGAUCCUCGCACCGGGUCUGUUACCUUCCAGGAAUAUGGGAACACCGGCGCUGGAGCUUCUGGAACUCGUGCAAGCUUUUCCACGAAGCUGAGCUCUGCCGUUACUAUUUCGUCAAUUUUGGGAAGCAGUUACACUUCCUGGGUGGACACAGCAUAUAUCUAG